AAUAAAAAAAGACAGGAACUUGGUUGUACAGUAAAAACCAAUUCACAACAUAAAUGUUGGCAUAGUGGUAGUUUAAGCAUUGUAGGUAAAGUUUGACGAGUGUUAGUUCACAGUAUGACAGAUAGCAACUAACAACAGAAACACGUUUAAAACCAACUGGUCAAAAAGGACCGAAGGAAUAUAAAUCCAUCGGCAAAUAAGAAGGGACGAUUUCGUACAUUUAGGGCACACCGUUCUUCACGUCCUAUAGCGAGCAUUCCCCUUUCGUUUUCAGACAUUUAUUGAAAUUGGACAUGAGAGAUAUUUCGAUGUCUUUGACAAAAUCUAGAAUUAAGACUCCUCGCCCGAAAACGGGUAGGACAAGGAGGAUUAAAAAUGAGCAAGAAGAUAGCGCUACACCAAUCAUGAAAGAAAAGGGUGACCACAAAUCAGCAAAAGACAGAAAAGAUCACCACAAAGACAAGCAUCCACAUCCCGAGGACCACCACAAGACACCACACCACGGCGAUGGUCACGGAAAAGGGGCAAAUACGAGCCCUGCGCAUGCGUCGCACACUGCACGUCAGAGAUCCUUCUCCUUCCGGGAUACUUCACACUCUAUCUCUUCCGUCAAAGGUCACACUAAACACCCGCCAAAGGACCACGAUCGCCAUAGCAUAGCCACUUCCGGGGAUCAAUUGCCUCAAAUAGAUGUCAAGUAUGAGAACACCUAUAAAAUGGUGCCUGACGCCAAAUUCAGAGAAUCUUCUAUACGGAAAAUAAUAUCUGAUGUUCUGGAGGAAAAUAUCAAAUCUUUAAAAGCAUACGAUUCCGCAACAUUAGGAGGAAAAUGCAAAUUAGCCUGUGAUGUUAUAAAAGAAAGAGUAAAGCACUUGAACAUUACCCGCUAUAAAAUCAUAGCCUCUGUGAUAGCAGCACAGAAGGGAAGCCAAAGCAUGAUCGUGACGUCACGGUGUCUUUGGGAUCACAAGAACGAUAACUAUGUAUCGGUUAAAAUGGAACUUGGUGAAUUCUUUGUUUUAGGGACCGUUUACGUAGUGUAUGCCGAGUAAUGUGUUCGUCUUGCUCUUAGUCUAAAAACAUUGUUUGCUGGACUUAAAAUCUACGCUUUCCUGUUCUUAUUACAAUGUACUUUUUAAAUAUGUUUUGAUUCAAAUUAAAAACGAAAGAAACAUGA